AUGCGCGGAUCCCGGUAUAUUCAGCUGGCCGUCGCCAGUCUAUGGACGACGCGGGCUCAAGCCGCAAACGACACAAGUUAUGAUCCUUCGUUAAACUUCCGACCAAACAACGUAACCGAGAAUGGACUCUACCAUUGGAUCGGAUCGUACUAUAACGGAACCACUCGAAUCGAAUUCACACCGUUCGGAGGCCUCUCAUCGGAUGAUGCCGACGAUGAAUUCUGGGAAUCUUGUCCCAAGCUGCGCGGCAAGACGAUCACAACCAACUACAACACGCUCCUUGCAGUCACCGAGUCCGGCGAAUACAACCUCGGCAAUAACCCGAUCAAUGCCUACCUGACCACCUGGGCUCCCGAUUUCAAUUUCAACUCUUUACUGGAAACGGAAACGAUGGCAGUCAUGCCGAUCAACUAUGCCUUAUUCUCGGCCAAUCCUAUGUAUACUUUCGACGACAUUCUUUACGUGAAAAACAAUUUCAACUUCACACUCGCCGCGACCAAGGCGGCCCCGUAUAAUCUCUCGAGUACACUAUCCGAAUAUUAUGGAGACGGAGCUCUCGAUUUCAACAUGACCAGCUGCGACGGCAAAGACACCGUCGAAUGGGGUGGUUACCUGAUCAACGAACUCUGGUGGAAGAGACCCAGCUACAACCAUUCUUAUCCCGACCCUGUUCUCAGCCUGCAAUUCGACGGCCAGACUGCCAACCUGACGGUGGAUGGUUACUACCUGGCAGAACCGAAACCGGCCGGACAUAACACCUUUGACACUGUCAACGUCGAGGUUCCAGGCACGAUGAAGAUCUCGUUUUUGGGAAGAAUUGACAGUUAUCAUUCCGACGUUCUUGUGAAUGAUAGCUCAACCCCAACUUGGAAGAGGUCCGUCGGCUUCAAUAACAAUACCUUGAAUGUUGGGGACACGAGCUCGAGUGGAGCUCCUAGUCAACAAUUUGGGACUUGGGGGAUUGCUCUUGGAGCCUUGAUCUCUCUCGCUACGUUGUAUAUCUAA